UCUGCGCUCUGCGCCCCCGGCCGGUUCCGCAGCGGCGCCCGGUCCCCCGAUUCCCCGGCACCCCGACUCCCCGACUUCCCUGGCCGACAUGUCCCAGCCGCCCGCAGACUGCAGCCAGGGCGACGCCCAGCGCGCCGAGGGAGGCGGCGGGAGGCGGGAGCCGGAGGAGGCCGGGGGUGGCGCGAUGGCGGCGGCCCGGGGAGCCCGGCUGGCGGCGGCCCGAGCAGGAGGAGGCGGCCCGGCAGCAGCCGCAGCAGCAGCAGCCGCGUCCCGGGAGGCGCGCAUGGCAGAGGUCGCCCGACUCCUGGGGGAGCCCCUGGAGGACGAGGGUCCCGAGGGCAGGCCGCGCUCGCGGGGGGCGCUGGCCGCCUUGCCCUACCUGCGCCUCCGGCACCCUCUGAGCGUCUUGGGGAUCAAUUAUCAACAGUUCCUCCGCCACUACCUGGAAAACUACCCGAUCGCCCCCGGUCGCAUCCAGGAGCUGGAGGAGCGGCGGCGGCGCUUCGUGGAAGCCUGCCGGGCGCGCGAGGCCGCCUUCGACGCCGAGUACCAGCGCAACCCGCAGCGCAUGGACUUCGACGUGCUGACCUUCACCAUCGCCCUGACCGCGUCCGAAGUCAUCAAUCCCCUCAUCGAAGAACUGGGCUGCGAUAAGUUCAUCCACAGGGAGUAGCUGGGGGGGUGGGGUGGGGAGGAGUGGAGGUGGGGGAGCCUGGGCCUCUCGCUGCGCUCAGCCCUGGACACUGGACAGAAGUCCACCACAGUGAGCCCAUGGGCCACGCGGAACGCCCGGGAGCCCCUGCGAAAGCAACAGCAAAAAGGGGGCGACGCCGAAAGCAUUGCAAGACACCCUCAACCCUGCGCGCCUGCGUGCGCCCUCGCGCGCGCACCACCCCCAGUUGGUAGUGAAGCCGGUUUCUUCCCACCCUCACGCACCUGCAGGAUGCCUCAUCGUCGCUGCGUUGGUCUGUGGGAACUCGGGAUGUGGGUUCUGCUCCUGGAGCCCUGGGUGAGAAAGGGAUCGUGACCCCACUCCAGCAGAGGCACCGUGCCACACCGUGAGGUUGUAGGAGCCGGAGGCCGCGGACUGCGCGCGCUCAGCCUACACGCCUCUCCUGAA